AUAGUAAACUUAUACAAUAUUGUUAAACCGUGUUGUUUCUAUUACACGAACUCAAUUACAACUUAUAAAUAAUUAUUAGGUCAAGGUCUCACUUACACGAUCCAAUAGUUAAACCUUUAGUCGGUGACUCGGAGCUAGUCAGCAUCCAUCAUUCAACUACGCCCUAUUUUUUUGUGGCUUGAUAUUGUCACAUGUCUUUAAAAACUAGUCACACGUUUUUGUUUACUUUCCAAAUGAGAUUAUAUAUUUGACCACAUGCAAAUAUAUAAUUAAAGUUAUACACGCACUCUAGACAUAUAAUAAUAGAACUUAGCAACACUCAAACAUACAUCCCAAUGGAUUCCUUUUGGUGCCAAAAAGAGUUUCUUGAAGGGGCAACGCUCAACUAUUCAUUCUCUCCGGCGCCACCUAUCAAUGUUGUUGCUGGAAUAUCUGAAAACAAUUCUUUGAUCAUUGCUCCGACCUCGGCCUUUAAAAGGUAUUUUAGGCCUUUAAAUAUCAUUCAAAAAUGUGAUCACUCUCCAAAUGUUCAUCAGAGAGUCAUUAGCUUCUUGAAAAGUAUUUGGAAGCCCAAUCCAAAGCCAAAGAUUUGUGAAAUAGAUGAUGUUGGUAGUAGAGAUUUCCGUCAUAUGAUGAGAGAAAGACAUCGUAGAGAAAAGCUUAGUCAGAAUUAUUCGGAAUUAUACUCUAUUUUGGCUCCUAUGUCCAAGGCCGACAAAAACUCUAUAGUACAAUCUGCAGCGGUUUACCUCAAAGAAUUGCUAAUGAUUAAAGAAGAACUUCAUAGACAAAAUAAAAUGUUAAGAGAAAAGAUUAUAGACACCGGAAAUAUUUUACAAUCAAAAGGAUUGGAUUCAAGAACUGAGCAUAAGAUGAAAGAUGACAACAUGAGCAUAGAAGAAGCAAAGAUUGAAGUACAACUAAUGAAUCCGGUAUCUACCAUCGAUUCAAUGAUCGAAGCUUUGCAAUGCAUGAAAGGAAUGGGAGUAAAAGCAAUGAGCAUCCAUUCGGAAUUCUAUGGAGACGAGUUCACCACUAUGAUGACCAUAUAUACAAAGGUGGAAAAGAGUGAGGAGAGAGGUGUGGAGGGAACUCCGGUGGAAAUGGAGAGGAAGAUGAGGUUGCAACUUGCAAUUACAAAGAAGGUGAGUGUGGACCCCAACAAGGCAGCAACAACAACAACCACAAGUCCAUGUGGACAAUGGAGAACCUGAUAGGAUGCUACUUUUGACUAGGUAGCUUGUGGAGCCCACUUUGGCAUGGUGCUUAUAUUUUGUCCUUGUUAACAUUUUGUAUUCUAAUAAGGCUUUAAAU